CACCCUCUCCUUUAGUGUGUUCCAGACUUCAGUCAGUCAAGCUGAGCCUGUGUUGCAAGGCUCUUCAUUUUCCUGGUUGUUCACUUUAGCCAGACACCAGUCUCAACUUUUUUUAUCUAUCUAUCUAUCUAUCUAUCUAUCUAUCUAUCUAUCUAUCUAUCUAUCUACCUAUCUAUCUAUCUAUCACUCUAUCUCUCUAUCUGUUGGUCUGUCUGUCUAACCCGGCUGCUUACCUCAAUAUGCAUUCAAUGAUAGAAAAAGCACAAGACCCCUACACUUCAAUCUUCGAUGUUAGACUAUUCCAGCCUCUCAUAGUGAAAGAAUGCAUUCGCAGUGUUUUGAUGGACAAUCUUGCUCAUAAGGAAUACAGUUCAGAGACAAUGGCUGAAGACACAAAAGUUUUGGUGGAAUUGAUUCGAAAGAAAAUUAAAGAUUUAGCCUAUGAUCGAUACAAAAUCAUUGUACAAGUUCAUAUUGGAGAAUACAGAGGUCAAGGUAUCAAGAUAGCAAGCCGGAAGUUCUGGGAUGCUGACACAGACAACUUUGCUGUGGAUGUUUAUACAAAUAAUUCCCUGUUCUGUGUAGCAAUGGUUUGUGGUGUUUAUUAUUACUGAUGGCACAACAACACUUCUUGUCAUACACAUUGGGAUGGAAUAUCUUCCUUUCUCAUGUCUUGUUCUAACGAGACUUUCUUUGACACCACUCCCCCUUUCCUUCUCCAAACCCACCAGUGCCUUACCAAAAUUGUUCACGAUGACGACCACGACGACAUCAAAGGAUCAGACUGUACCAAGUCCGUCGGUCAACUUGGGAAACACGAACGUCUCUGGAGUUCCUUAAGAUGAGAGGCCAUCCUAACGACCGAAGUAACACCACCACCACCACAACAACAACAACAACAACAACUACUGCUAUCACUGCCACUACCACCAUCACUACUUCCUCCUUGUGUCAUCUGGACCUUCAAGCAUUGUUGAAACCAUUGUGUCGCUCGUACCCCCGUCACCACCACCCUUUCAUGGUGCUCCCUCCCACUACACCUCUUCUGGUGAAUAGUCAUGUUUACUGCUGUUUAAUCAUUCCCACCUCCUCCUUCUCCCCUUCUUCCUCCCUUGAGCCUGCAUCCAACAACCACCUCCACCACUACCACCACCACCAUUGCUAUCACCUUCAUCUGUUAUUGACUUCCUUCAAGGAAAUGAAAUAAUAAAA